AGUAAACGGUCUAACAUGUUGUCUUGUCUCUCUGCAGUUGGUUUGGAGCCUCCUCAGCUGUCAGUGUCUGAAGAGAGACAUCUGGCCAUCCUCACAGAGCUGCCCUUCGUGGUUCCCUUCGAGGAGCGAGUCAAGAUCUUCCAGAGGUUAAUCUACGCCGACAAAAGGGACGUGCAGGGCGACGGUCCGUUUCCCGACGGCAUCAGCGUGACAAUCAGACGAAACUACAUCUACGAAGACGCCUACGAUAAACUGUCUCCAGAAAACG